UUCAGAUGAUGAAACAGCCUUCCUCCUUUUAUAUUACCAUUUAGUAGUUAAAUAUCCUAAAGCCGUUGCAAGGUUUGGUAGAGCGACUGGGACAGCAAUAAUACAUCCAAAUAGUAUAGGAAGGAUUUGGGACCCGGAGCAUAACAAUGUACGUGAAUGUUACAUUUACCCAGUGGAAGCGAUGUUAUUUGAGAAACUUUGGGCGGCCCAAUUAGGCGUGGAGGUAGGUUUGUCUCUAUAUGAGAUCGAAUCGGCAAAUGGGUUGAUUCUGGAUUGUUGA